CCUCCUCCUCCUCUUGCGCCUGCUCCUCCUCCUGAAUGCAGCAGGUCUGCCAGCAGCUGGGCUGAGACGACGAGGAAGGAGCUACUUUGUCUCCUCUGCCUGCCAGCAAGCUCCAGGCGCUGCUCAGCUCAGAGACCUUCUUUUGCAAGGGUUUCUACUAAAUAAAGUGGAGCUUGAAAGACUUCCAUUGUUCAGACUAUAGUGCCUAGAAUUCUUCAGGAUUCUGUGAGCUGCAGCCUCCCCACUCCCCACAUCAGGUUUUGUGAAAAGAGAAGAUGGGGUCUGGCUGCCUGAAGGUCACAAAGUACUUCCUUUUCCUCUUCAACCUCCUUUUUUUCAUCUUGGGUGCUGUGAUCCUUGGCUUUGGAAUAUGGAUUUUGGUUGACAAAAGCAGCUUCAUUUCAGUUCUGCAGACUUCAUCAUAUUCAUUAAAGGUUGGGGCGUACAUUCUCAUCGGAGUUGGGGCUGUCACAAUGCUGAUGGGUUUCUUGGGUUGUGUUGGAGCAGUCAAUGAGAUUCGAUGUCUCUUGGGGCUGUACUUCACUUGCCUGUUGUUGAUCCUGAUAGCCCAGGUAGCUGCUGGCCUGCUCAUCUACUUCCAGCGGAAUGCACUCAAAGCAGAAAUGUCAGAGAUUGUUGGUGACCUCAUCCAGAAUUACAACCCUUAUGAUGAAAGCAAUAGGAACCUUGAGACUGCAUGGGAUUAUGUCCAGACACAGUUGUCCUGUUGUGGCUGGAGUGGACCAGAAAACUGGAAAAACAAUACAGUCCUCCAGGAGAAAAAUCAGACAUCCUACCCUUGCUCUUGUAGCAAUGACUCAGUUGACUCUGUGGCAGAGGUGGGUUUCUGCCCUUUGGAAACUGCUUCCAACACCACCACAUUUGAAGACUGGCCAGUUAGAAAGCAGGGAUGUAUGAAAGGUGUGCAGAACUGGUUACAGGAGAACCUUGGCAUCAUUCUUGGAGUCUGCACAGGUGUUGCUGUUGUUGAGCUCCUGGGAAUGGUGCUGUCUAUCUGCCUCUGCAAGAACAUACACACUGAAGAGUACACCAAAGUGCCCAAGUACUGAGAGACUGUUGGCCUCAGGAGUAGGCCCAGAGCAAAUGCAACAUUUCCUUCCUCCUCAUACCCAGACUGUCUUCAUCACUCACCAUUUCUCCUCUGACAUCCAUACUGCUACAGAUCAUUAGGCUGUGCCACAGCCAUAGAUUCUCUGAGGGAUCAGGGCUUGGGCCAGUCCCAUCCUCUCUUUUGACUCUUCUAUGAAGCAGGCCAUUUAAGUCUUCCUCUACUCAUGUGAUGCCCUGCAACUAACUGCCAGCACCAUGCUUAGACAGCCUCUUCCUUAUUUUUAUCCACUUCUGACCCAUUGGGAGGAGGCUCAGAAUGAUCCUCUCCUUUUCCCUCUUGUUUUGAAAUGCUCUGCUACUAUUGAUAUGUAUAUAUAACUCUUAUGCUUUUGGGGGGCUUUGGCUACUUUUGGAGGUUUGGGGUUUCUCUUCAACACAUGUGUGGUAGAAAAGAGGGGUUCUCAAUCUUGUGUUCCCAGCUGUUAUUGGAUGGCAGCUCCCACAGCCGAUGGUUAUGGAUACUAGAAGUUGUAGUCCCAACAUUAUCUGGGGACUCAUAAUUGAGACCCACUUGUCUAAUGAAUCUGAUGUGUCUGUUUUGUUGUCACUUCUUCAAAUCUACUGAAUUAUCUCUUGAAAUUGCUCUUGCAUUGUUUGCUAUAUUUUCCCCACCACACACACGAACACAUACUCACCACUUGUCCAGUCCUUAUCAUCUGUCAGGGUGAAGAUUGGCCCAGGCACAAUCUUAUGAUUUCUCCAGUUACCCUGUGGUCAGAGAGUGUGUGGCUUGGGUGUGUCGAAUUUCUUUCUUCUCUGCCACGUACCUCCUUUCUUUUAGGCUGGAGACACUUUAGAAACUGCAUGUGUAUAGCACGGGUGAGUCUGCACAGGCUCACCAGUAUAUGUUCUUGGGUUGCCAACUUUUAUAGAGGUAGUGAUUGUGACUAUAUAUUUUUGUCCCAGUAUGAAUCUUAUGUAAUUAUGUUCUCUCUUUGAUGUUUAUCACACUAUACUCUUAAAGUGCUACUAUUCCACUUUGACUCCUCUAGCUGCCUCCUGUUGCAUUCUGGGAUUGGCAGUUUUAAGGAGGGGUAGAAUGCAACAGGAGGCAGCUAGAGGAGUCAAAGUGGAAUAGUAGCACUUUAAGAGUAUAGUGUGAUAAACAUCUUUGUUAAGGUAAAAGGAUAUCUACAAUUGAUAUUUUAUACUGGGAAUGGUGGGGAGCACUUGUUCUGGGCUUUAGGUUACAUCUUUUGUUGAAAACAAUGACUCUUUCCUGUUGUCUUAGAUCUCAAUUUGGAAAUCACUAAAGUUGUCACCAGGAUCCAGAGAUAUAUGUAGCUGGUCAUCACUAUGAAAUUCCUUUGGAAGGAAAAGUCUGCUACCCUAUGAGGAAGUAGGGAUCGCAUUCAGAUAAGCAGCUGGCCAUAUGGCAGUGUCUGUUGCAAUGAGAGCUUUCACUUUAAGAAGGCCCUGAGAAGGCAGAUAUGGAAAUCUUGAAAUUUUGAACAAAUGAUCACAUCCUUUUGUGUACUGGAAGUCCUAAGCUUCCUACAGUGUGCAAAUUGGUAGGUCUGUCUUCUGUAACUGUGUCCUGGUACAUCAUUGAAAGAGGUAGAACAAUUUGCCCUGAGUGAGGAAUUAAACAAACUUAAUGUAGUUACUCUAGAAGUUAGCUUCCAAACCUGUGAAGAACAUGUUGUCUCUUUCUCUGUCUGUAUUCCUUGAGUUGAAAAAUGGUUGUAAUAAACACAAGAAAUGGGCUAAUCAUUAUUAUUAUUUUAGCGUUUAUUAUGCUAAAAUAAAAUGUAGUAGGCAGGACAGGUAAUUCAUGGAGGAUGUUCUUUGCUCCAUCAUUAACUUCCUUCCCCAUUAAGGUUCUGGCAAAGUUGGAAAAAGGGAUUUUCCUGGGAGUGAGUGUUCAAAGUUUGCUGCCCCCACCCCAACCCAGCCUGGUGUUUUCCUUUUUGAACUGAUUGUAAAGCUAAGUUUUAUAUUCACCUCUUGUGCUUCACUCGAUAAGCCGCUUCACUGAAGAGCUGUUUAUGCAAUGGUUCUUGUUCUCAUGGAUUCAGCUCAGCAGAAGCAAAGCUGAGCCCAUUCUGGAUUUCUUUGUUUUUAGAAAGUGCUUCCAAAUGGAAGAAAUGCAUGUACAGAUUUAAACAAAUAAUGGGUGGGUAUUUCAGUAAUAAAAAUAUUUGCUUAAAAAUAAAAAGUGUUUGUUCAUUCAG